AUGGAGGAAGUAGAGGUAGUCAUAGUAGGUGCAGGUCCUGCUGGUCUAGCAACCUCUGCAUGUCUUAACCGCCUCAAUAUCUCAAAUGUCAUACUCGAAAGAGAAGAUUGCCAUGCUUCUCUUUGGAAGAAUAGGACAUAUGAUCGUUUGAAGCUUCACUUAGCAAAGCAAUUUUGUCAACUACCCUAUAUGCCCUUUCCUAAAAACGCACCCACAUAUAUUCCUAGGAGAGAGUUUAUUCAAUACCUACAUACUUACGUAUCCACCUUCAACAUAAACCCUAUGUACCACAGAAGUGUGGAGACUGCUUUUUACAAUGAGAAUGUAGAAAAAUGGUAUGUCGUAGUCAACAACACACGACUAGGUGUAAAAGAAACAUAUUAUGGGAAGUUUCUUGUGGUAGCAAGUGGUGAGAAUGGUGAAGGUUAUGUUCCUGAAACAAAAGGUUUGGAUACCUUUAACGGCGAAUACAUUCAUUCGAGCAAGUAUGAAAGUGGCAUGAAGUACCGUGGGAAAGAUGUUUUGGUUGUCGGAUCAGGAAAUUCGGGAAUGGAAAUUGCCUAUGACUUAUCUAAUUACGGCGCAAAUACUUCCAUUGUUGUUCGUAGCCCGGUACAUGUUCUUACCAAAGAAAUUGUGUUCCUUGGAAUGGUUUUAUCCAAAUAUCUUCCAGUUAAAGUUAUCGAUGGCAUUGCCCUGAUCUUAGGGAAAUUGAAAUUUGGAAAUUUAUCGAAGUAUGGAAUUCAUAAACCAACAAAAGGGCCAUUUUAUCUCAAGGAACACGAGGGUCAAGCCCCCAUCAUCGAUGUUGGGACCAUUGAAAAGAUCAAGAGUGACGAAAUCAAGGUUUUGCCAUCCAUAACAAGCAUAGAAGGAAAUGAAAUCCGAUUUGAGAAUGGCUACCUUAAAAGUUAUGAUGCUAUAAUAUUUGCUACAGGCUAUAAAAGCACUGUGCUAAAGUGGCUCAAGGAUGACAAUUAUUUCUUUAAUGACAAAGGAAUGCCGAAUAAAAGUUUUCCGAACCACUGGAAGUCGGAAAAUGGUCUUUACUGUGCUGGUUUCUCAAGGCGUGGACUAUUUGGAAUUUCACAUGAUGCACUGAAAAUAACAAAUGAUAUCAAUUUCUCUCUUGGUCGGAACAAAAAGGGGAUUUGA